UCCUCUCUUCAUCCAGCAACAUCAAUCUAUAUCAUCCCAUCUUACACUGUCCCGGAGAAAAGGAAAAGCACUACCACUCUUCUCAUUAGGUCAGAAACACAGUUAUUCUGUAGUCACACACUCCUAUUCGUUGCUUAGAAAAGUUUAUUGUUGCACUAUUGGGACAUUGUAGAGGGAUCCAGUUCGCUGGCGAUGGCAGCGGCGGCCCGCAGGCGCCAUGGCAACAUGCCCCAAAGGCGGGCGACUUUGUUGCCGCGGGGAUUCCAGCGCUCCAUGGCCAAACGGGUGACAUCGACAGCAACGGAGAGACAGCCCACUGGGAAGACUGAGACUACUGGCCCAAACCUGGUAACCACAACAGGUGCACCGAGGCAGACAGCACAGCAGCCUGGCACUAUUCAGCCCUGUGGGAUAGAAAUGGGGCCAGGUUGGACAUUUAUCUGCAAAGCCAAGAUGUCCCCCUCAUCCCCUCAGCAGCGUCAAAAUCACCCUGACACAACCAUCGCUCCUUUGACAGUCUGUCAGACAGAGCCCGACAUACAGAGUUCUCAUGUAUGGGUCCAUAGUGGGAAGAACAGAGAGGCUGAUGGGAAUAACAGAACCAGAGCAGCUUCACUGGAGAGAAUCAGGAUCCAUCCAGAGUCCCAGAGGAUUUUGGGCAGUUCCUGUGUAGCCACUGUGCGUCUGGAGCGUCUGAGGAUCAAACUUGACCCCGGACAGUCAGUUGCCCUGUCAAUGGUACCGCCACUGGUGUCUUUGGUGUCACUGUUACGCCAACCACACUCAGAGUUGCUGACUGAGGACGCUGCGGCGCCUCUGCCGGCAGUCAUUACCCCAGAGGAGCAUGUCCAACAGACAGGGUCCAGUCUGGAUUUCCAGCAGAGUUCAGCAAACAGAGAAGAGUCAUCUGCAUCAGAACCAGGGGCCUCUGGGAUGGAGCCAACACAAAUACAGGGGCCCCUUUGGACUGAACCACCACCACCACCACUUCAGGAGAGACCUGCACUCCCAUCGCCCCCUAUAGGACAAGCACCAGAAUCAGAUCUAGUACUCGACUUGGAGUCUGAAUCGGAGUCUGAAUUGGUUCCAGAUCUGAAAUCUGGCUCAGAUUCACUGGAAAUAGAAUCAGACCUGGAACCAAAGUCAGAACUGAAUCUGCCAAUGGAGUUAGAUCCAAAGUUGGAAUCAGAAACAAAACUGGAAUCUGAUUGGGUGCCUGCCGAUGUGGAGAACAGUGAGGGGGGUCAUGUGGGGCAGUGCGCAUCUAUCGAUGGGUCUAUAGUGUCCCAGGAGCAGCCUGAGAACGAGAAAGGGGCAGCAGGGAUGGAGAGUGAGGAUUUCUGUGCGGUGUGCUUCACUGGGGGCGACUUGCUGUGCUGCGAUGGCUGCCCUAAGGUCUACCACCUCUCCUGCCACAUACCACCCCUCCGAAGCUCCCCACUGGGCGACUGGGUGUGCACGUUGUGCCGGAGUGACCAAGAACCUGGGGUGGGCUAUGACUGUGAGACCAUACAUCCCUCGACAGACCACCAGGGGGCAGGCACACCAUACACACUGUCCAGCCUGGACCAAAGAAGGUGUGAGAAGCUGACUCUUCUGUUGUCCAGCCACGUCCUCAGUGCUCCAUUCCAGGAGCCUGUCAGCCCACUGGCUCGUCAUUACUACCAGAUCAUUAAGAGGCCGAUGGACCUAUCAGUGAUCAGGAGGAAGCUGGACCAGAGGAACACUCUUCACUACUUCACAGCCCAGCAGUUUGUGGACGACGUCCUACUCAUGUUCAGGAACUGUGCAACUUUCAAUUAUCCGGAUUCUGAGGUCGCCAACGCAGGUCGUAACCUGGAGGUGUUCUUCCUGUCCAAGCUGAGGGAGGUGUUUCCCAGCCAAGCCUUCCCCACGCUGACCGAGGACAGAGCGAAAAAGAACAGUCUCGCUUGGCUGAACAGGAAAAGGAGGGACUACCACAGGAAGAAGAAACGAGGUCACUUCCUUGACUUCUGAAGUGGUCUGGUGUAAUGUUGUAUGGUGACAAAACAUCUCACAUAGUUGUAUAUUUUUAAUAUUAAUUAAACCUUAGUCUGGCUAUAUCUAAAUACAUUAUUUUAUAAUCAAGGAAUGUAGACAUAUGGGAACUUUUGAUUCAUAAUUUGUGUUUUACAGUCUUGUCAAAUUUGAAGUGAUUAAAUGCCAAUUGAUUCCAUCGAUGGAUCUUUUGUUAAACCAUCAAUACUGAUAACAUCACACACACAGUGAUCUUAAUAGCAACCAUUAUUGACCACCGAUUUUGGCCGCGGAUGUCGGAGUUUACUCUUAGUCCUGAUUGCUGCCUUCAUUUUUCAAGACUAUUUCACCUUCCGCUGGUUUUAUCAUCAGAAAAAUGGAAUCCUGCUAUUAUAGCAAUGUAUCUAUUUGACAAUCAUUCCGUACAACUGAAAUAAACUCUGAAUCAACCAUGGGACCAGCUAAAGAGUUGUAGCUACGCUGCCUAGGCAGCAAAAAUACCACAACCAUCUAGCCAGCUAGCUAAUGUUAGCAUAUAAGAUCAGUUGCGUCUAUUCAUGGCUGCCAAGGGAAGCCAGGUUUCCCCCAAAAAUGGACAAAAAAACAACAACAAAAAAAACAUUAAUUAAUUGACCUUUCGUCUCUGUGUUUCAUCAUUUUCCUUCAAUUCGCAAGAGACUGAAUGUAUCUCACCAGAGAAGCAUCCGAUCGAGUGAAACAGCACCUCUCUGUAUGUGUAGCCCAUCUAUCUGAUGCUGUCUGGUCAAAAAUAGUAUGAUAUUUGAAUGCAUGGGAAGCCAGCACACAUUUAGCCUCCCUUGAUAUUUUUUUUUAUACAAUGAUAUCUAAUCAGCGUUGAGCUAAACUGAGUAAGCUCAACUGUGAAUGGUCCUGGCACACCACAUUUUUAAGUGUCAAGGGAAGCCAGUUUGAAUUUGGCUUCACACCAAUCACAUCAAGCCAAACAUAAUUUAUCAGAAAAUAAAUUGAAUUGUUGCAUCUCAUUGAGUUGAUGACCUCUGGUGGCUAGCUAGCUAGCUAAAAUUGUUCCUUUCCUAAAUUAGCCAUUGACAGAGAGAGGGAUUUGGACUUGUGGUUUUACUUAAUUAUCCGUACUGACCAAUGAUUAUAAUAGCGAUUCUGAUCCAACCAUAAAUUCAUACAUUGUGCCUCUGGCCUGAGAGAAUGGAAGUUCAAUAUGUAGCUAGAUGUAACAGUAGUAGGCUAAUGUUAACUAGCUGUCUAAUUGUUCUCCAUGAAAGGAAGUUAGGCUAGCCAGCAAGCAUUUUGGCCAGGUAGCCUAGGACAACAAAAACUAAAAGUGUGUACUGUAUGCCAGAGUCAUAAAACAUUUUGUUAACAUGAAAGAGUGGAGGAUGGCAUUGGCCGUAGGGUGAGUUAACAUGUUUUUUCCACUUAUGCACACACACACAGGAAUCAGUACCAUGGACAGCCACAUUGUAGUUAGCUAACGUUGUUUGGACUAAAUUGUUUUUGGAAUCUUUUAGUUGUUACUGUAUUAGUAGACUAAGUGUAGGUGAAUUGAUGAUGUUGAAAUGGUGUUGGAACAGUGGAGGCAGUUCCGGUUUUCUUUGCAACUUGCAGUAACUCUCGGGUGUUCUAAAUCAAGUUGUUUAGUAGUCCAAAAAUGUCGGAAACAUUAACUUGCUUGUAACUGUCUGUUACAUGCAGUGGUGUAAAGAACUUACAGUAAGUAAAACUACUUUAAAGUACUACUUAAGUAGAUUUUUGUGGUAUCUGUACUUUACUAUUGAUAUUUUUGACAACUUUUACUUCACUACAUUCCUAAAGAAAAGAAUGUACUUUUUACUCCAUACAUUUUCCCUGACAACCAAAAGUACUCGUGUCACGUCCUGACCAUAGAGAGCCUUUAUUUUCUAUGGUGGAGUAGGUCAGGGCAUGACUGGGGGGUUAGUCUAGUUUAUAUGUUCUAUGUGGGGUUCUAGUUUUGUUUUCUAUGUUGGUGUUUGUAUGAUUCCCAAUUAGAGGCAGCUGGCUAUCGUUGUCUCUAAUUGGGGAUCAUAUUUAAGUGGCAUUGUUUCCACCUGUGUUUUAUGAGAUCUUGUUUUGAGUUAUUGCACGUAGCAUCGCUGUAGUCACAGUUCGUUGUUAGUUUAUUGUUUAUUUGUUUUUGUCUUUGCUAAGUUUCACUUUCUAAUAAAUAAUGUGGAACUCAA